AGAACAACGGUAUUAUUAGUCAAAUGAGAAUGCUGUUAAGUAGUGAUAGCGCAAAAGAUAUUAUCUAUUCUGCGAAUAAGUUAGAAAAACAGGAGUGAUGGAGAGCUUGUGGUUGGUGAUGUUGAUCGAGUUGCCAGGAGGAGGAAAAUGAAUGCUACCUCAAAUGGGAACACGAUGACAACGGAAGAAAGGAGCAGAGCUGUGCCCACGGUGAAGGUGACGAAGAAUGUUGCUGCCAGGCGGAAGACGACUUACAUGUACUAUAAUUGGAUUAGAACUGUUAGCUUUAGAAUUUUAAGUUUGAAAUCAGUUUUCAUUUAUGGACAAACGGACUGGCUUUUGUCCAUUGUGGACAUUCAAAGAGCCCCUUGUCCAUUAAUUUUUUUCAUUUCUUUAGUAAGCUAUUAAUAUUUGCUGAGCCUUGUUACUAUAGCAAACUG